AUCAAGAUGGCGGCUCUUCCAGUAGCGUCAAUGUGUUUAUUCUUUUAGAUAUCAGUAUUAAAAAGCAAUAACUAGUUCUGUCAUAAACUCCCAUGCUUUCAUCCAACAUGAAGAUAAAAAGCAACAAUUGCAGACGGAACUGAUUGAAAAAGGGCUUUUUCGACGUCGGCGAAAUGUGUGACAGCUAUGCCCGCUCGCUGCUGCGGGUUUCGGUGGCGCAGAUCUGCCAGGCGCUCGGCUGGGACGCCGUUCAGCUCACUGCCUGCGACCUGCUUUCCGAUGUCCUGCACCGAUACAUUCAGCAGCUGGCCAGGGGCUGUCACCGCUACUCAGAGCUCUAUGGCCGGACCGACCCAAUGCUGGACGAUGUGGGCCAGGCCUUCAGGAUGCUGGGGGUGAACCUGAAUGAGCUGGAGGAUUACAUCCAACACCUAGAGCCCGUGGGGUUCGCCCACCAAACGCCCAUGUUCCCUGUCAGCAAGAACAAUCUGCUGCAAUUCCCCCAGCUUGGGGCCCGGGAUGUCGAGGAGAGGAAGGAGUACAUCCCCGACUACAUGCCACCCCUUGUCUCCUUACAGGAAGAGGAAGAUGAUGAGCAGUCUCUUCCUGACAUGGGCACAUCCGCUGAAGCCAUGCAGGUCCCUCUGGACGAGGAGGCUGACGAGGACAUCGAUGACAGUGAGGCAGUCAACGAUGAGAACUAUGUGGCUAAGCGGCACCUUGACAGCCCCAUUAGCAUGGACAUGAUGCCUGCCGCAAAGAGGCCUCGCUUCCCGGGGAUGAAGUCCCCAGAUAGCCCAGAGUGGGGUGUAGAGCCUCGGGAGCCACUUAGCUCCCUCAAUCCCCAGAAAGUACCCCCUACCAUGGCACCCUCCCUGCACCGCCAUGACAACUCAUCUCCCCUCUCCAUGUCCCCUGAAGCACCAGGUCUCCCCUCAUCCAGAGUACAGUUGCCCAUGCCAAGGCUUCCCACUGCUUCAAAUCGAAAGCCUAAGAUCUCCUCACCUGGCAGACAAAGAGUCAAGUCCCCCAAGAGGGCCAAUUCCGCCACCACCCCUGGCAGUCCUGCUUGCUCACCCAAAGCCUCUCAGAAGGAGAGGAAAAAGUCACCCAAGAGCCCCAAGAGCCCCAAGCUUGGUUCAGCAAAAGUGUCUCAUCCUCCAGGGAAGGGUGAUACUCCACUCAGACCACCCCUGGUUACUCUGAGUGACAAGAUGGGGAAGGAAAAUGUUCAGCUCAAGCAUAGUCAACCCUCAGUGCUGGACUCAGAAAAGCUACUUGAAGAAGCCCAGCCGAGGAGACUGGAUCCUCCAGACAAAACUAUUGAAGACUCCAUCAGUGCAGUGAUCGCCAGGGCCUGUGCUGAGAAGGAGCCUGACCCGUUUGCCUUCUCCUCUGGCUCAGAAUCCGAGGACGAUGUAUUCUCAAGUCCACGGCUUACUAUUUCAGAGCCAGUGAUGCCAAAGCUGAUGCUCAAAGACACCUCCACACCGCUUCCUCAAAAAACUGGUGAGACAAUGACCGUGGACUCAUGGACAAUGGAUGACUCCAUCAAUGAAGUCUUACGGAAGGUGAACCAGGGAGGUUCCACUGGCACUCCCCCAAAUCCAGCAUAUCUUUCAUCACCUUCUGCUUCCCCACCAACUCCAGAACCCCUCCUCAAGGUAUACGAGGAGAAGAAUAAAAUGGUAGCCUCAAUGGAUGUCAAGAAGAAGCUAAAGAAGGAAUUGAAAAGCAAAAUAAAGAAAAAGGAGAAGGAGAAGCAAAGAGAGAAAGAGCGAGACAAAGAAAGAGAGCUGCCCAAGGAAAGCAGGCUUACCUGGAAAGACUUCUCCAUGAAGGAGGAUGAGCAUCAUGACUUUCUCAAGUCCUGGGACUUUGGAGAGCCAGACUCACUUAAGGUAAAGUCCAGAGACAGCGGGAGCAGCUCCAGAAAAGAGAAGGAGAAGCACAAGGACAAGAAGAAAGAUAAAGAGAAGAGCAGGAAAGAUCGAGAGAAGAGAGACAAGGGCAAAGACAAAGUCAAGGAAGACCGACAGAAGUCUACAGCUUCACUCCUCCUUGGCCUGAAGGAGCAACAGAUGCCACUGUUCAGCCCAGCAGCAUGUCUUCGCCUGCACUCCAUGCUGCCUCCGCUGCCUCCUAUCCUCCCUGACAAGCCUCCUCAGGAGAAAGACAAGGCCAAGGAAAAGGAAAAGAAGAAAGACAAAAAGGAGAAAAAGAAAAAGAAGGACAAAGACAAAGAGAAGGAUCGGGAAAAGGAGAGGACCAAAGACAGAGAACGGGAGAAAGAAAAAGAGGAGAAGAAGAAAGAAAAAGAAAAGAAGGAGAAGGAAAAAGAGAAGGAGAAGGAAAAGGAGAAGGAGAGGCAAAAACUGGAAAAGGUGAAGAUAGAGCCUCCUGUUCCUGCUCCGUCUCCGGUCAUACCUCGGCUAACCUUGGUUGUUGGUGCUGGCCAAGACAAGAUAGUCAUUAGCAAGGUUGUCCCAAACUCAGAGGACAAGACUCCUCCACCCAAGACCCCUGUCCCAAAGACUCCUGCAACAAAGACCCCACCUAUCAAGACCCCACCUAUCAAGACUCCGCCUACAAAGACCCCAGUUUCCAAGACCCCAGCUUCUAAGACGCCCGCUGCCAAAUCUGGGCCUGUCAGUCGGCCACGGUCCCCACCCCCUGCCCCAGUCUUAGCACCUGUACCACCCCAAGUAGCCCCUGUAUUGCUUCCACCUCUCCCAGUGACUCCCGCUCUGGUGCCACCCCCAUCACCUGCCCUGCCCGGGGUCGGAUCUUCUUCCAAAACACCUGUGCGCAGCGUGGUGACUGAGACUGUGAGCACCUAUGUGAUCCGAGAUGAGUGGGGGAAUCAAAUCUGGAUCUGCCCUGGGUGCAAUAAGCCGGAUGAUGGCAGCCCAAUGAUUGGAUGUGACGACUGUGAUGACUGGUACCACUGGCCCUGUGUGGGAUUAGUUGCAGCCCCUCCAGAAGAUGUCCAGUGGUUUUGUGUCAAGUGUGACAGCAAGAAAAAAGACAAGAAACACAAGAAGAGGAAACACAAAGUGCACUGAGGCUCUGCUGAACCGGUGGGCUCUGGGCCAUUGUGAGGCCGUGGUGUCCCUCACAAAGCCAGGCAACGCUGUUCCCACAUACAUCCUUCCACCCUGUCUCAGAAAUAUUCAUUUGCUGAUCUUGUGUUCUUAUUUUUACACUGAUUUCAGUUAAAUCAUUGUUUUCCCUGCAAGCCUUAUUGGUUGCACAGCUUCUUCGCAGACCCACACUCUGCGGUGCGUGGCUGCAGUCACCAAGGUGUCGCUUCCUCAGCUGCUGCGUCAGGUGUCCUUCUCUACGUGUUUCUGUGACCCCACCAAGUUGGGCCCCUUCAUCCAGCAUUUAUCCUCCUCUUUUUUGUUUAUUUUCAUUCAGCAGCAAAAAAAUGUGAGAGACACUUUGUAAUCUCCCAUGAAAAAUGCAAAAGGAAUAGUUAUUACUGUGUUUUGUACAUACUUGUAUAUAUAAAAUUUCUCAGACUGUAUAAUCAUUUCUCAUGGUUUUGGUUAUUUUUUCCCAGAUAACCAUUUUUAACUUGAAUUGUAUUUUGUAUAUUUUAAAUGAAAGAUUCUAUUUCUUUGCUUUCCUUUCUAUCAAUUUUCCAUGAGGAAUUUGUAGUCCUUAUUGCUGUAAUAUAUUUUAUUUCAUUGAUAUUUCCCUAUUAAAAUGUACUCCUUCAAAAAA